UGACAGAGUUCCGGUUCCGGCCAUGCUUUUUUUACUAGUUCCGGCCGGAACCGGAACUCUAAAAAAUCGGGGUUCCGGGGUACCAUGAGCAUGAGUUUUGUACACACUCAGAGUCUUAGUUUUGGGUUGAACAAGUGGCCUUAAUAUCUUUCUUGAUACUUCAGGAUAUUGGAGAAAAACUGGAAAACAAUCCGUGAUGAAGGUGUGUCACUUUACGAUCCCAAGAAAGGGGCGUUCGUUCCAGAAGAGGAAGGACUGCGGGAGAAAGGAGAUUGGCAACAAUUUACGAUGUUUCAUCAAGGAAGAAAAGACAAAACAGCGUGUGCCAAGGCUCCAAAGACUUGUAGUCUGGUUGAGAAAAUACCUGAAGCUGCUGGGUGCAGGAGAGGACAGGUACUAAACAGGGCCGGAUUAACGUCGCGCGAGGCCCGUGGCAGAUUUUAGCGCAAAAAUUGUUAAAUAAUUGCUUUCAAUAUUUCAAUUGAUUGGCAUCAAUUAUAAACAAUUGCCUGCCUGGCCCAGUUGUUGGGUCGACAAGUAUAAACAGGAUCAUAUAUAUAACAGAUCAGCGCAACUGGAGAUUACAUGCAUACGAGUAUUGCAUAUUUUCCUGGGGUAAACUGCCAAUCCUAGGGGCCCUAAAUGCGUGAUGUCCCUAAUUCGCGAGGCACCUAAAAUGGGCGUAUCCCAAUAGAAAAUAGGCGUGUUCUCGUAAAAAUGGGUGUGGCACAGUAAAGUGCGAGGCCCGCAUGCAUAUGCCAUGUGGUUAAUACGCCUGGUACUAAAUGUCAAAGUUCUUCUUGUAUUUUUCAGGGCGUUGUAUCCCUAUCAGUCUGAAGCUUUUUUAUUAUUUCUACGACCUACACUGACAGUUGAACUAACAGUAACUUUAUUUGGACUUGAUGAAAGUGUUUUGUAUAUAACCUUAGCUAUACCUGUGUUUCAGGUCAAGUUUUCGGUGAUGAAACCGGGUACUCAUAUCUGGGCACAUUGUGGUCCUACCAACUGUCGUAUCCGAGGCCAUCUGGGGCUGGUCAUUCCUGAUGGGGUCUCUAUAAGAGUAAAUCAAACAACAAGGUUGGUCAAGUUGUCAGACUGAGAAAUAUUAUUAGUUCUUUCCAUAUCAUUGAGUACUAAUCCAAGACUCAAAACUUAAAUUUUUUCUCAAUUUUUUAGUACCUGGCAAGAAGGCAAGUUUAUAAUCAUUGAUGACUCAAUUGAACAUGAAGUCUGGCACAAUGGAACGACUUUUAGAAUGAUAUUGAUUGUGGAUUUCUGGCAUCCUGAUUUGCCGAAGAGCGAGCGAGACACCCUUUCAGCAAUAUAAGAAUGAAUGAGCAAAUGGCCUGAUUUAUAGCAGACAGAUCAUCUCUUUUAGACUAGCUAGUGUAAAGUUUGUGAGCACAAGACUAACUAUCCAGAUGGUCUGAAUGAAUGAAUUUUUAAGUCAAAGUAGAUUAAUUCCUUUCUCCAAGUUCAUCCAGACAGAUCAUCAGUCUCUCGUGUAAACCAGGCGCAAUUAUUUAGACAGUAAAAGUGAGUAAGCAUGACACAGCUGAUGAACAAGUGGAGAACAUUUGCUUGGUUGCAUGUAGCAAUGUCUUAGGAAUAUUUAUUUGGUCAUGAUGUUAGCAGCAUUGGCUAUUAAUUGGUACACUGCUGAGGUAUAAUGCAAAGACAAACAUAGCAUAACUAAUUUAUAUAAUUGCUUUUAAUACAGUUUUUAAAAAUAUUUUUAUUCAAUAAAAACAUCAAAGUUAGUAGCAGUUACAGUUUAAAAAGCCAGGAAACCUUAAACUAGUCCAAUCUACCAAAUUACAACACUGCAGCUCCACAGCCAGCUCAGCUCACAUUCAAGCCUUCUACAAUCUACCAAAUUACAACACUGCCAGCUCAGGUCGCAUUCAAGCCCUCUACAAUCUACCAAAUUACAACACUGCUGCUCCACAGCCAGCAUGGCUCAUGUUCAAGCCCUCUACAAUCUACCAAAUUACAACACAGCCAGCUCAGCUCACAUUCAAGUCCUCUACAAUCUACCAAAUUACAACACCGCAGCUCCACAGCCAGCGCGGCUCACAUUCAAGCCCUCGACAUUCAUCCAAACAUUCUUAACUGCAUCAUACAUUUCAACCGUGUUCAAGCGGUUUGCACCAUCAAACCCACCAAUAGCAAAAAUAUUUUCCUUGUAUACGACAAUGGCCGCCCAUGCCCGCGGGCUGUUCAUGGGCGCGACCGGGGACCAGUGGUGUGUGUGGGUGUUGUAUCGCUCCACUAGGUCGAAAUAAGAGUCGGUGCUUCUGUUGCGUCCACCUACUGCAUAAAUACAUCCGUUCAAAGACACAAGACCAAGGCCUGAUCUUGCUUUCUCAAGUUCAGUGACAAACGUCCAUUGAUCUAACUUGGGGUCAUAACACUCGACGGACGCACGGUCAGCAUGGAUACCUCUGUCGUAACCACCGGCAACAUAGAGAAGGCCUAGAAUGUAGGGAAGUGG